GGGGCGGGGGCGCGGCGGGGCAGCUCGCAGGUCGCCGGCGCGCGCGGCCAGCGCAGCGGGAGCGCAGGCCGCGCCGUCGGGCAGCGGCACCAUGGACGUGUGGCCGUGGGUCACGGCCGCGCUGCUGGCGCUGCUGCUGCUGGUGCAGCUCCACCGCGCCGCGCGCUUCUACGCCAAGAUCGCGGGCUACUGCGCGCUCUGCCUGGCCGUGUCCGCCGUGGCCUCGGUCGUCUGCCUGCUGCGCCACGGGGGCCGCACGGUGGAGAACAUGAGCAUCAUCAGCUGGUUCGUCCGGUCCUUCAAGUACCUGUAUGGCCUUCGCUUCAAGAUCGAAGGACGCCAGAAGCUGCAGGGGCAGCGGCCCUGUGUCAUCAUCUCCAAUCACCAGAGCAUACUGGACAUGAUGGGCCUCAUGGAGAUCCUGCCCGAGCGCUGCGUGCAGAUCGCCAAGCGGGAGCUGCUCUUCAUGGGGCCGGUGGGCCUCAUCAUGUACCUGGGGGGCGUGAUCUUCAUCAACCGCCAGCGCUCCAGCACGGCCGUGUCCGUCAUGGCCGAGGUGGGCCAGCGCAUGAUCAAGGAUAGGCUCAAAGUGUGGAUCUACCCCGAGGGUACCCGGAACGACAACGGGGACCUGCUGCCGUUCAAGAAGGGGGCCUUCUACCUGGCCAUCCAAGCCCAGGUCCCCAUCAUCCCUGUGGUCUACUCCUCCUUCUCCUCCUUCUACGAUGUCAAGACGAAGCUCUUCACCUCAGGGACCAUCCAGGUGCAGGUGCUGGACGCCAUCCCCACCACGGGCCUCACCGAGGCCGACGUCCCCAGGAUCCUGGAGAAGUGCCACCACCUCAUGAGGGAGACCUUCUUCUCCAUCUCCAAGACGCCCCGGGAGAACGGGGCAGCGGUGGCCCCGGAAGCGCGGCCGGCACAGUAGCCGAGGCCACCUGGCCACGGACACAGGGUCCUCAGGCCGCUCCCGCAGGACCGGGCGUAGGAGCCAGGCCUGAGCCUUGGCUGGCGGCAGCUCUCGGGAGGGGCGCCGGGCACUGGGCCUCCCGCGGCCUCGCAGGGCCGAGCUCGCGGCAUGGUUGUUUUUAUAAAUGGACGGACACACGGA